AUGCCAUUCAGACAAGCAUUUCAGGGCAUCCUCAACAAGGCGGACAAAGCCUCGGAGGAUAUAACCCAUCAAGCUCCUCAGCAGCCACCGGCACCAGCGUACAAUAACAGGCCUCCCCCACCGCCCAUUCCAACCUCUAGCAAACCACCAUCAGGUUAUCAGCAACAGUACUCGCAACCCCAGAUCUACUGGCAGCCCAAUUUAAAUCCUCAAGCACCUGUGUCCUCCAACUUUUACCAUGAACAGGGUCAGCAUGGAUGGGGCAACAAUGAGGCCCAGAAUUACAUCGACAGCCCGCAAAACUCAUUCCAUUCACCCCAUGGCGAUGCGGUGAUCGUACGUGCUCUGAUCAAUCACGGCCAUCCCGACCCAGCCCAGAAAUUUACCAGCGCCAGACUAUCGAGUCACCAGACACUUAGCCGACCACGGGGCUGUCUGUCGGUCAGAAUUAUAGCGCCAGUGGCCCGAGGUAUCUGGCCUGCCUUUUGGCUGCUGCCUAAAGAUCCCUUCAAGUGGCCUGAGGAUGGCGAAGUUGAUAUCAUGGAAGCGUGGAACGGUGAUGCUGUCAAUCACACCUGUCUGCAUUGGGGCCACUUUAAUGGAGAGGACUGGAACAAGCAUCGCGUUCUUGAAACCCCCAUCCCCAACAUUAGCUCGCCGGUGGGGGUGAGGUAUGAUUUUAUCUGGGACGAGGACGAAUCAACGGGUAGAGGACGCUUGGUCUGGUUGAUUGAUGGUGUGCCUGUCAUGAGGGCUGAGAAGCCGCCUGGCACGAGGAAGAUGAGUGAGUUCAGAAUACUCAUCAAUAUCGCUGUUGGAGGAAAUGUCUGUCAGGGAACCAUGCCUAGCGAUGGAUACUAUGAGACGGUGGUUCGUGAAUUGGCUAUGUGGGACGCGCCGCCUGGAGGUUGGAACGAGUUUGAAAGAGCUUGGAAUUAUGCCAAAGAUGGUAAAACCAUGUAA